AUGGGCUGUCUUCCCUGCUUGUUGCUGUUAUGCACGGCGUCAGUGGUCCUCGUCCAAGGUCAAGGGAUAGCACGACAGCAUGAGAUGCUGAUGCAGGAACUGAAGAAGAUGGAGGAGAAGAUGGACAACGUCACUGACAUAGUGAAAGGUUUUAAGUCAGCGCUGAAACAAACCGACGAAGGGAAACCAGGAAAACCGACGGAGAAGCAAGACGAAGAAGAGGAAGAGGAUUAUGAUGAAGAUGAGGAUUAUGAUGAAGAUGAGGAUUAUGAUGAAGAUGAGGAUUAUGAUGAAGAAGAGGAAGAAGAAGAAGAUCCGGACAUUCCGACAGCAUCGAAUGAAUGGGGAGCAAACAAUCCUGGCGUCAUUGCACAAGCUGAACAAAAACGAAAGCAAGAAGAAGCGAAGAAGAAAGCAGAGGUCGUAUUCACAGUCAUCGUCACGGUCAAGCUCACCGAUGAGGCCACCGUCACGGCCAAGGUCAUCGUCAAGGUCAUCGUCAAGGUCACAUCAUGGACCCAAAAUAUCGAUAGUCAUGAAGGCGCUAACGAACAUCCAAGAAAAGAUGAGCAAUGA